GCUCUCGAAGCCCUCUCUCUCUCUCUCUCUCCAAUGGAUGAUGAUGCGCAUGCGUCCUUGACCUCGCCCCUUGUGUUGAGCGGGAGGGACGACGAAAGAUGCGAACCACCAGAAGAGGCAGCAAACUGCGAUCACCAAAUUACUACAAACACAACUACGUCUUUUCUGAAAACAUUUUUCAAUGGUCUCAAUGCCCUCUCAGGAAUUGGGAUACUGUCAGUUCCUUAUGCGCUAGCAUCAGGAGGAUGGCUAAGCUUGAUACUUCUUUUUGUUACUGCUGCUGCUGCAUUUUACUCAGGGUUGUUAAUGCAAAGAAGCAUGGACGUGGAUACGAGUAUAAAAACUUAUCCCGACAUAGGGGAACAGGCAUUUGGGAAAACAGGAAGAAUCGUGUUGUCGAUUUUCAUGAACAUAGAACUCUACUUAGUUGCAACAGCUUUCCUAAUCAUAGAGGGUGAUAACUUGCACAGCUUAUUUCCAAACAUGGAUUUGCAGUUGGCUGCUUCAGGGUUCCCAGUGAGUGGGAAACAAUGCUUUGUUAUGAUCGCUGGAAUUGUUGUAAUGCCGACUGUGUGGUUAGAUAACCUGAGUCUUCUUUCUUAUGUAUCGGCAACUGGGGUUUUUGCCUCUGCUAUCAUACUCGGCUCGAUUUUGUGGGCUGGCGCUUUUGAUGGAAUUGGAUUUCACCACGAGGGAUCUGUACCACUUAAUUGGAAUGGAAUCCCUACAGCUGUUAGCUUGUAUGUCCUUUGUUAUUGCGCGCAUCCCGUGUUUCCUACCCUCUACACAUCAAUGACAAACAAACGUCAGUUUUCAAAUGUCCUCCUCCUGAGCUUUAUCGUAUGCACUGCGAGUUAUGCAUCAAUGGCAGUUUUAGGGUACUUAAUGUUCGGGUCAAGGGUUGAGUCCCAGAUAACUCUAAACCUUCCAACUCAAAAACUUAGCUCAAAACUUGCAAUAUGCACCAUUCUUCUCAAUCCACUGUCCAAAUAUGCACUGAUGGUUACACCAAUUCUAAAUGCAGCGAAAAAUCGGUUUCCUGGUCACCACAACAAUAAGAUACCUUUAAGCCUAUUACUGAGUACUGCCUUGGUAAUCAGCAGUGUGACAGUAGCUUUGGCUUUGCCCUUUUUUGGGUAUCUCAUGUCACUGGUUGGAGCAUUUUUUAGCGUCAUGGCUUCGCUUAUAAUACCAUGCGUUUGCUACCUAAAGAUUUCGGGUACUUAUCGAAAGAUCGGAUGCGAGAUGGUGAUUGUUUGGUGUAUAAUUUUAAUCGGAGUUGUGGUCGUGAUAUUUGGUACUUACACGUCUCUAUUACAAAUUGUACAGCGUUUGUAAACUUGAUGAAGCAGCUCACAUAACUGCUCCUCUGUUUUAAUGUUUGCGCUAGCUGCUGUUGAGAUGAAAAUCUUUUCCAGAAUUCCAAAUUUCUUUCAAACCUUAGCUAAUAAGAUGCUUUUAAUAAAUAAAUAAA